CUCGCUAGCAGCCAGCCAGACCCUUGCUCUUGGGGGAUGGUUUACGUAGCAAUCAUGGAACCUGGAAGUGGUCUGCUCGACUGCAGGACAUGGAGCCAAGUCAUAGUACGAAUGCAAACUUGGCAUGCGCUGGAGCGUUCCUUCCACCUUCCCACCUUCGACCUUCCCACCUUCCAGCCGCAGCUUACAGGGGUGCGCUGAUCGGUCUGAUGGGCAAUUGCCAAUUGAUGCCCCAAAGGGUCCCACGCACUCCCGCGCAGCGAUCCAUGUCCGCCUGGCGCAUCACUGCAUGUGCAGGCCCACAGGCCCAUUUGUUCCUCGAUCUUCGCGGCCCUGUUCCGUCUGAAGUGCCCGACAGAUCCCCAACUCCAACUCCCGCAGUCCCCUCACCGGCUCCCGUCAGACGGGACUUCCUUCUCACGGCAUUCUCUCAAACUCGUCGAAAUUCCCGACAAAACUUGUUUCCGGAGCAGCUAGCUUCCCCGAACUUAGGACUCACUAGGCAGGGCGAGUCCAACUAUGGCCUGUUCGAAAUGUUGGCCCUCGGAACUGCAUUUCUUCUGACUCAACGGAAGCGUUUAGUGGCAUAUCUAGACUCUGGACUCUGGAGUCUGGGCAAGUCGCUCGCUGACUCGAAAGCCCCUUCCGGUAAGUUUACCCCCGAGUCCUCGGUCGGUCUCUCCUCUUUCUUUUCGAACUCGUCAGUGGUGGAAUCUAGAACCCGCAAUCAUGACAAAAGCGGUGACGCGAGUAGCCGAACAGGUAAUAGCGCCUUGGGGCGGUGGAUAAAUAUAGCAACCACCAAUGUCUGGAUGCACCCCCCGGUCGCGAUAUCACAUGAUCUCAAGUACCAGUAUUCUCUGGUUGCUGGUAGAGGAACUACGUGUAUACUAUACCUACGGAUUACUCCAGGGGCACUUGACAACCUCGGCGCAACACCCAGGAGGCUCGCCAUUUUCGGGCCUCUCUGCCAUCUGGCCACCCCGCAUUGUCUUGUAUCGCCCACUUUGGUAAGAUAAUAUAGGGAGUCCAGGGUGGGGGUGGUAUCGCAAAAUACCAGGUACAGCAGUUGGCGAUAAAACCACCCGACAUGUAUAUCUCCUAUUGGCUGACUGACAUAAAAAGCCCGACUGUUGCGAACAAGCAGGGAUCAACCCUUAUUGGCUAUUUUUGCCCAUGUUUGAGACUGGGAGUUUCUAGACAUUUUAAAACGUUGAGGUGACAUGCACACACCG